UGUAACUUCAGGCACAAUGUCACCUUAUCACUUUGCUAGGACUCUUAUGUACCUCACCCUUAUCAUUUUGGGACCAUUUCCAACUUUAUCCCAUCUUACUCUGAGUCGUCAUGUUGGAGAAAGUGCAACAUUACAGUGUAAUUGUCAAGACGUCAAUAUUGUGAUAUGUUACUGGUACAAGCAAGCUUUUGGGCAAAUACCAGUGAAAAUAACUUCUUACAACAAAUAUGAGUCUAAAGGAGAAUUGAAUCAUAUUUUCAAAGUCAAGAAACGUUUUAGACUUAAUAAUAAGGACAAUUACAACAACUUGGAAAUUAAGGAUUUGCUAGUUUCUGAUGCAGCCACCUACUUCUGUAUGAGUAGCAACUUGUACAAGCUAGAUUUUUUAGAAUCGAUUACCUUGGACAUAGAAGGUGCCGGACUUAAUUUUACAACUUUGGACUAUGAAUUAACGUCAGAGAAUUCCAGCAUUCAACGAGGCUUGGAGUCGGCACCGUUGGAUUGUAGCUUCAACAAUGGAAUAUGUGACAAAGAACAUCAAGUCUAUUGGUUUAGUCAUAAUUAUGAGUCUGCAAAAGGAAUUAUUUACAGUCAUGGAGGCAGCAGUAAUCAGUGUGAAAGCAAUAUGGACAUUUCAUCAAAGUCCUGUAUCUACAACCUUCCCGUGCACGAUGACCACGCAACUAGUAACUGGACGAAAUGUGCUGUGGCCUCAUGCGGAAAACUCCUCUUCGGGACUAAAAGCAAAUCAGACUCUGAAGACAGGUAUAUGCCCUCAGUACUGGUAUCUAUCUUGAGUGGAGCUUUGGUGGGGACUUUAAUCCUGUCUGUGUUACUUUCAAUGGCAAUUUAUAACAUCAAGAAGAAAUCACAACCUACAGUGACCACAGAGAAUGAAGAGGUCAUCCAUUAUGCAGCCUUAAAGCAUCGCACUUUCAGCAGACCAAGAAGUCACGCCGACAGCAUCAACACUGAAUGUGUCUACUCUGGUGUUCAACUGUAG